AUGGACACAACAGCAAUCUUAAAAAGGUCUUCUAUCAGUACUGAAAACGAUAUUACUGUCGCUGAACCGUUAACGGUGGACGAAAGCCGUUUGAUUGUAAAAAAAAGACGACUGUCGUCAUCAACGAUGGACUACGCGUGUUUAAAGAAAUUCAAAGAAAAUUCUCCGGAGUGCGAUCAAAAACAACAGCGUAAGUUUUCGUAUUUUUUUAUUACAAUGUUCGACAUUAUACACACGGAUUGCAGUAUUACUAAAGACUAUUUUCACAAGUGUAUACAUUUGAAAUCACAUUAUUGUAAUUUUUGAAUUAUUAAUUUCAAAACAUAGAGUUUCAGUCGAUAUUAAACCUGUUCGGGUUCUCAAUACCAAAUAAUUAUACAGUUAACCUAAAGUAGGUAACUAAAUCCUCUUUUAAAUGAAAUGUAGACAGUAAACUCAUGGUUAGGUAAUAAAACUAUUUCCUUAAAUUUGUAAUGUGUUUUCUGAAAUGUGCAGGAUUAGUAGUAUCUCCAUCUAGUCCAACUCAUACGUCAUAUAUCUUGGCGUCACCAUUCUACAGCCCGGCUUCAUCAUUCUACAGCCUGGCUUCACCGACAUACAGUCAGGCGUCACCGCUCUAUUACAGCCCGGCUUCACCACCUACAGCCUGUCGUCAUCACCGUCGUAAUAAUGGUCAAUAUUUAAAAAAAAAAAAAAACUUAUGA